AUGACUCACAAGCCGCGCGAGACACUCACAAAGGUCGAACGCGAUGCACUAAGAGAACUCAAGGCCGACAAGGACAUUGUCAUUGUGCCCGCGGACAAGGGGCGUUCCACCGUCGUACUGGACAGAACAGACUACCUACAGAAGGCCAAAAACCUACUGGAGGAUCGCCAGUUCUAUGUCCCAUGUGAAACUAAACCCGUAAAAACGCUGACACGCGAAAUUAAUGCAACACUGUUGGCACUGGAGAACUCGGGUGCAAUAACACCGACCGACAGACGCAUGGCGAGAGCCCAAUAACCGGCCUUGGUCCGAUUCUAUGGUCUCCCAAAGGUUCACAAGGAGGGCGCUCCUCUCCAGCCCAUUGUAUCGCUCAAAGGCACUUCAACGUACGGACUGGCAAGAUGGCUGUUUCGGCGCCUCAAAUUUCUGACCGCGGAUUCGGACACCACUGUCUGUUCGUCAACGCAAUUCCUGGAGAAGCUUAAAGGAGUAAGUCUCUUGCCAAAUGAGGUCAUGGUAUCUUUUGAUGUCACGUCCCUCUUUACUUCUAUCUCCCAGGAUCUGGCAAUCGAGACCGUCCAGCUACUCCUACGAAACAAAUACGAUGAAACGGAGAAUCGUUUCGGACACGCCCAAGUCCUUCAGGUCCUAAAGUUCUGUCUCAGGACGUACUUCACGUUUGACGGAACAAUCUACGAGCAAGUGAAGGGAACACCAAUGGGCUCGCCGAUUUCGGGAUUCAUCGCCGAGGCGGUCCUACAGCGGUUGGAGUCGCUGGUCUUCCAACACCACAGACCGAAAUUCUGGGCUCGGUAUGUGGACGAUACCUUCGUCGUCAUCGAACGGGACCAGGUGCUAACGUUCAAAGAACGUCUCAACAGCGUCUUCCCGGACAUACAAUUUACGAUGGAGGAGGAAGAGAAUAACCAGCUGGCAUUCCUUGAUGUCCUCGUCUGUCGCAAAGAUUGCGGUGGCCUAAAGACCAAAGUGUUCAGAAAAGCAACGAACACGACGCAAAUUCUGAACUUCAACAGUAACCACCCAAUCUGCCACAAACGCAGUUGCAUAGGAACGCUAUUUCGGCGUGUUGAGACGCACUGCAGUGAACCGGAACCAGUCUUCCGCACAUUGACACUCUCACUCCGAGAGAUCGGUCUUAUGCCACGCGCAACUCCUGCAUGGUGA